AUGUCUAACUCUCUCGGGUUCCAUAACUUGCCUUUCCUAGCUCAUAGGAAAUCGGUCAAGAAAGGCUUCGAAUUUACCAUAAUGGUCGUAGGCGAGUCUGGUCUUGGUAAGUCAACUUUAGUGCGGUCUUUUUUGACUAACCUGUUUGGCAAUAAAACUUGUCCACCAGCGGACGAUCGAAUUAAACCUACACCUAGCAUUGAUGCAACAACAGUAGAUAUCGAAGAGAAAGGAGUUAUGAGGUUAACCGUGGUCGAUACACCUGGUUUUGGGGAUGCUGUUGACAAUAGAGGAUGUUGGCAACCAAUUAUUGAUUUUAUCAAUGAAAAAUAUGACCAAUAUUUCAGAGAUGAGUCUGGUUUGAAUCGUCGGAAUAUCGAGGAUCAUCGAGUUCAUUGUUGUCUCUAUUUUAUUAACCCUAGUGGACACGGUCUGAAACCAUUGGAUGUUCAAUUUAUGAAAGAAUUACAUAAUUUAGUGAACAUUAUUCCUGUAAUUGCUAAAGCUGACACACUAACACCAAGUGAAGUGAAAAAAUUGAAAACUAAGGUUUUACAAGAGAUAAUGGACAAUGGUAUCAGGAUAUAUAAUGGAGAGAUAGAUGAAGAGGAUGACUCACCUGAAAUUAAAGAACUCAGGGAUGCCAUUCCAAUGGCUGUGGUUGGUAGUACUACUCUUCUUGAAGUUGGUGGUAAGAGAGUCCGUGGUCGUCUGUAUCCUUGGGGGAUCGAGAACAAAGAACAUUGCGACUAUGUUCUCUUACGUAAUAUGCUCAUUCGUACCCAUAUGCAAGAUCUCAAGGAUUAUACUCAAGAUGUACAUUACGAGAAUUUCCGUAAGAAGAAACUCCUUCAAGGUUCACCAGGGAGGAGGCUUGAAGAGAUGCGUCGACAAAUGGCUAUGUUGCAAGCUCAAUUGCGUGUUGGUCUCAAACUGAUACUGUUUGAGGCACAGACCCAUACUGUUCAUGACAUCAUCAAUAAUUUUUAA